UUUAACUCAGUAUUAUGCUUUUCAAAAUUAUGUAUACAAGCUUCGUCAAUAACGGAAUUGUCGGUAUAUAGUAAUUACAAGGGCGGGAAGGGACUUAACAACCUUUAUUGUCACGAAAGAAUUUCUAAUAUAAGUGACAUAUGAGAGAAAUACUAUAAGGGGGGAAAGAGUAGUAGAUCACCAUGGUUACGGCGUAUAACUAUAGACGGGUAAUGUCUAUCGAUCUUUAGUAGGAUAAUAUAUAAGUUAAAGUUUCAGAAGAGGGUCUGAACAAAGUUUUUCAUUUAUACUCAACUGAUAACGGGACAUUUCAUCAAAUCUUGAAUCAGUCAAUGAAAGGGAAACAAUGGACGACGCCUUGGAUGAAGAACUUGAAAAUAAAUCUAAUAAUGCAUCCGAAAGCUCUGAAAAAUUAGAAACAUUAGAAGAUGUUCAGAAUCUUCCAGUGAAACAGUCAUUGGAAAAACAAUCUGAGAAGAAAGAACCAGUUAGUGAAAAAGAAGGUGAAUCAGAUAGUUUGUCAAAGAAAAAUGAGACUUUAAAAGCAGAAAAGCAACAGGAAGAUAUCUCGCAAAAAGACAAAGAGGCUUUGUUGUUGCGCGAAGAUGAAAUCGAGGCUUCAAAAACAGAAAAACAACAAGUAGAAAGCUUAUUGCAAACAGAAAAGGAGGGUUCAGUGUUAGGUGAAGAUGAAAUCGAGGCUCCAAAAAGAGAAGAACAACAAGGUGCAGAUGCAUUGCAAAAAGACAAGGAGGGUUCGUUAUUGAGUGAUGAUGAGGAAGUUGGUAAAGAAGAGAAACGCCGAGAAAAGAUGAAAGUCUUACUUUCUGGAUAUUUAGAAAUGAAAACGAGGAAGGAAAUUGAAAAAGCUCUACUGAAUGAGAAGAAAAUCAUUGCUCAGUGGCUCUAUCCUUUCAGAGGCACUUAUCAGAAAGAGUGGGAGCUGGAAAUGAAGAAGCUAAAACUUGGAUUUCAGAGGGCUUUGGAUUUUAAGAAAGCUCAUAUAGAGGCAAUCCAGACAGAGCGAAAACUUGUCGAGCUUAACCACUUGUGGGCGGACAGUGCACAUUAUAAAAUUUCACAAGAACUUUUUGACUUUUUGAAUCUGCGGUGUGAGAAACUGAAAACUCGAUAUAUGGAAGAGUUGGAAGAAACCAAGAGAUAUUAUCUGGAAAGGGAAAAAGAAAUAACAGAUAAAUGCACGAAGGCUGAGGAAAGAGCUAAGGCUUUGGCUCGCAUGCGAAGGACUGUUCACGACAAAACUCUUCAGAAAACUAACGAAACUAUCGAGCGUUUCAGGGAUGAGAGUGAAUUUUAUAAAGUAAAAGAGACUGAGCUAAUAAAGAUGAAACAUUUGACUCAUGUUGAAAUAAUAACUAAGGAGCUUCAAGCUUCGAUUUCGCCUCCAGAGCAUAAAAUAGAAGAAAUCAGAGCUUUGUUUAUGGAUUGGAAAACGAAAUACGAAGGCUACCUCACCGUGAGUGAAAAAAUUAAGAAAAGGAUGGAAAAUUAUGGCAAAGAAAUACCUCAGCUAGAGGCCAAAGUUGCCUCAGAAAGGAAGAAACUAGAAGAUAUCAGAAAGGAAAACAAAAUGGAGAAGCAAAUUCGAAUGGAAGAAGUUACUAGAUUGCAAAAAGAAGCCAGAAAUUAUGACAAAUUAGACCCGUCGCUUCGCAAAAUGAUCACUGCCAGUGAAGAAGUAAUGAUACAGCUAAGAGAAAGGAAAUCUAAAUUGGAUAAGAUACGGAAGCUUAAAACUAUGUGUGAUAAGUUAGAAACUGAAAAUGAUAACAUUCUAUCAGACAUCAUUCUUCUAGAACCUAAUGAAAUGAAGGAUUUGAAAGAGAACGAUUGUUUGCCAAUGAUUACAGAUUUGUGUGCUGGUAAUGUAGAGGAUCAUAAUUUACUUCAUAACGUACACCGAAAGAUAAGCAAAGUUAAACUUCAAAAUCAAUUUCUCCUUCACAAUAUUGAAAAUUUGAAGAUAGAGAAUAAAGCCUUGAAAAGUGAUAUGAAAAAAUAUCUUCAUCUUAUUUCCAGGCGUGAAUGGGAGAGACUUCCCGAGGAUAAGUAUGCUACUUUAUAUGAAUUGCCAGGAAAAACUUCUCAAAAUGCUCAUGUACCUGCGGAAUCCGAUAAGCACGAACGUUUUAAGGCAAACUUGAAAUUGUUGAACAAUAGAUUUCACCCUUCGAACAAAGAACUGAUAAGGGGAUUGGGUAACAUGUAAGAUUGCAAUAUUAUAUUGUGAACUGAAUACUAAUGAUGAGUUUUAACAAAUGUAAGUAACACCAUUAAAAACUUUUUAUAACUUGGCGAA